CCGGGCUCAUAAUGUUGUGUCCCUCGUGCACGAGGCAGCUUCGCGUGGCUGUUGGCAAUCAUUCUAUCACCCGCACCAUGCGCAUUCAUACGAGUUGGCCUGUAUGCUUAUGACAAGUAUAGGGACCUUGACCUCACAAUUUUUUGCCGACAAACUUUUUUUUUUUGGGAAAGCCGAAAUACUCUGCAACCUGUCGUGACCGUGGCUGAUACUCCUCGAUUCAGAUCACUUGAGGACGACUUUGCCCCUGAUAUGGCUCUCACAAUCAGCGCACAAAGUCCCGCAGGUCCAUCACGCCGGCCCUUCACAAGAACAGCGAAUUUCGAGUCAGAUGACGAAGAGGCUGGGGUCGUGGAAGACCACCACGAUUCUCUUUCAGCCCGUGAUGGUAAGGGGGAGCAGCGUAUGAAUGGCGUGCAGAAAAGGAUCAAGAGAGGCCAUGAUCGGGAAGAUGAUGGAGUGGAGGGGAAGCGGAAGCGUGGGCUACGGGCAGAGGAGCUAUUUCAGACUAGGCAAGACUUGCCAUUCUAUCAAGCCCGCAAAGGCAUUCUGGAGGAGAUAAUGAACCACGACACCACAAUUAUUAUCGGAGAGACAGGAUGCGGCAAAUCAACCCAACUUCCUCAACUUCUUCGCUCUCAUGCCAUCUCACGGCAUUACUAUUCACCAGACAAUCUAGAUGCGCCUGCCUCCAAGCGGGGCCCAACAAUCGCCAUCACGCAACCUCGUCGACUUCCCACCAUUUCAUUGGCUACUCGAGUUGCCGAGGAAAUGGGUGUGAUGCUCGGUGGACCAGUCGGAUACACUGUGAGAUUCGAAGAUGUCUCGAGCCAUUCUACUCGAGUUCGGUAUAUGACCGAAGGUGUACUCAUGCGGGAGCUCACUAACGGCGAUCGGUCACAAUCCGGUGAGGAGGGGCCAUCGGCGACAGAUGGUACUCGACCAGGCGCCGUGGGCGACGAGUCUCUCAACCUUCUGCUGAAAUACGACAUCGUCAUCAUUGACGAAGCUCAUGAGCGGACAUUGAAUACAGACUUCUUGUGCGGUAUCUUAAAGAGAGUACAACAGAUCCGCAAGCAGAUGGUCGAGGCGGGGAAGGAGACUGAGCAGCCCUCCGUAAACGGGGACACGAAAGGGAAGCGAAAAACAAAGGAGACCGUGACAGAACUCAAGAUUGUAAUCAUGAGUGCUACGCUGGAUCCGACAAAGUUUCAACGUUUUUUCGAAACUGGCCGAGAUACCCUUCUGGUCAAAGGCAGAAUGUUUGACGUUGCUACCCGCCACCUUUCAAAGAGCGCGGAUGAUCUCGUAGAAUCUGCUGCCACUCAGGCUAUGGUCAUCCAUGAGAGUCCAAAAUCGAGUGGGGACAUCCUGAUUUUCAUGCCGGGUGCCGACGACAUUGAGAAAUGUUGCGAGCUGCUUCGAAACGCGUCGGAUGGGUUGUCAGAAGGACACGACAAGCUUCAAGUCCUGCCGCUCUUCGCUGCCCUCCCACCCUCAGCGCAGGCCAGAAUCUUUGCGCCAGCGCCACCGAAUACUCGAAGAGUCGUCGUGGCUACCAACAUCGCCGAGACAUCCAUUACCAUCCCAGGCAUAGCCUAUGUCAUAGAUACUGGUUUUAAGAAGGAAAAGAACUACAUCUUCCAGUCCAGGGGAACCGUGGAGCACCUUGAGAAAAAGCCAAUCAGCCAAGCUGCCGCCUGGCAACGGACCGGGAGAGCUGGUCGAGAGCGUUCUGGAGAGUGUUUCCGCCUGUACACAAAGCAGGCAUUGGACAAGCUGGAGCCUUUCGAUAAACCAGAAAUCCAGCGGUGCAACCUAUCAGCCGCAGUGCUGCAGCUUAUCGCUAUGUCCUUCAAUCCUGUCAAUUUUGACUUUGUGGACAAUCCGGGCCGAGAUCCUUUGAACGGCGCUCUGCAGCAGCUAGCAGGUCUCAACGCUAUCAAGAGCCCGACGGAGAUUACACCUCUGGGCCGGGCGAUGCUCCAUUAUCCUCUUGACCCAUCGCAUGCGCGUAUCCUCCUCGCUGCGUUCGAUUUCGGUUGUCCGUCAGAAAUCAUCGAUAUCCUAUCUCUUCUCAAUGCUGGCGAACUGUGGAUCGACAUUUCGUCCGAACGAGAAGGUAUCAGCGAAGCGCGUAAUAAAUUCUUGGCCCGAGAAGGGGAUCAUCUGACUUCCUUCAAUGCUUUCCAAGCGUAUCUUGCCGUUCGAGAGCAGAAGGCUACUCCGCAGAAGUGGUGCCGAGACAACUUUGUCAAUCCUCGGACAUUGGUUCAAGCAAUCAAGAUACGAGACCAAAUUCGUUUAUUGGCUGAGAGAGACGGAAGGGACUGGCGAGGCUCCUGUGGUAGCGAUAAGAGUGUCGUGGUCAGAGCUUUGCUACAAGGUCUUUACGCCAAUACUGCGGCGAUUCAGCCAGAUGGCUCAUAUCGACAGAUCGGCGGGACACUGCAAGUCAAGAUCCACCCAGGAUCAGUCUUGAUGAGUAAGAAGGUGCCUGCCAUUCUCUACGACGAGCUGGCAUUCACUUCGGGCAUCUAUGCGAGAGGAGUCUCAGCGUUCGAACAGCAUUGGCUGGCGGAUACGCCUUGGGCAACGCACAUGCCGCAGGCAUGAGACGUGACCUAGUAAUUUCGCCGCAUGGAUCGUGAUAUAGAGACAUAGUCGUAUAGAGGCAGACAAACGCAAAUCAUGGGACAUUUCGUGUCUGGAGUAGUCAUCCGUGACAUGACAUCACCGCACCGGCGUACAACGGCAUAGUAUCUUGGGUCGUCAAAAGCAUCAAAUUCCUAACAGUCCAGCUCCGAAUGCCCACCACUCUCCAAAAAUCUAAAAGUAAUUCGAGUUGGAUCCAC